GGGUUAUUCUAGUUCAGUAUCAUGUUGUAAGCAAGCAUUGGAACAGAGCGGCAAGGACUGACGAAAUAGCAAAAAAGAUAGAAGAGUUUUUUGCACCCAAAAACUUCUUCAAUAAAUUUACAACGCUCGAUUUUUUUCUUGGUACUAGCAAGGAAGACGAACGUCGUUACUUAUUGCUCUCUGAAGAUUCUGUUAAAACUAUUCGUUUAGGGUUGGAGACAUUUACGUCCGCUUCAUUUUCGUCUAUGCCUUCUUCACAUUAUACGUAUUCAGAUGUUGUACGCGUCUCCAUUAAUGCACCGUCAAUGUUCAAUAAAGUUACCAAAGAUAUACAAAAAUAUAAUAAAGGAGUUCGCACAGCUUUAAAACUUCGUGGAAUGAAAAAUAUGUGGGAGAAAGCACGAAAUAUGAUUCAAGAAAAAAAAUAUUUAUUUGUGGCAGUUGAUGUUGAAAGUUAUGAACGAGAUCAUUCUUGUAUCCUGGAGGUUGGGUGGAGUAUGUACGAUUCUAAGAACGAUUUAAUUAUGGAUCGGCAUUUCUGCGUGACUGAUUAUAGACAUCUGAGAAACGGACAGUUUGUUCCAGAUAUGAAGGAUCGAUUCACCUUUGGAACUUCAGUAUGGGCAAACCAGAAAACGAUCAAAGAUGAAUUCACUAAAGAUUUGGAAUCACAGUUGGGAAGUGUAGUACUUGUAGGACAUGAUAUUAAAACGGAUGUGAAAUAUCUAGAAAGCAUGGGAGUAAAUGUUUCUAGUGUGAUAGAAAGGUUCGAUACUGCUGACAUGAACGCUGCAAGGGUCGGAAAACCGAAUGAAAGAAUUAAUCUUGGAAGAUUGCUAGAUGAACUGGACAUUGAAAAUUACAGCUUACACAACGCUGGAAAUGAUGCACAUUACACAUUACGUCUAUUUCUUGAACUUUGCAAGCUCCCACUUGCUCCGCCAGAAGAGCCCAAUGCCCCUCAACCUGUUAGUGAUGAUGAUUGGAUCUAA